CACUUUACGGCAACAUGGCAGCCUGCUGGCCUGAAGUCAUGGCCGGCUGGAGCGUCGGGUAGCCCAGCCGCUAGAUCGCACCCAUAGAACGUAUGAUCGCACACCCAAUACACGUGUUGACGUCAUCACGAGUACACUGCGCAGGCGUCGACACGUCUAUCGGAUGCGAUCUAGCAUUUACCCUGAAGCUGAGAUUCUCUCGGCUCUGAGCGUCUUAAACUUAAACAUGAAAACGGCAGCAGGUCGGUAACGGAAGGCUCGUGAAGAUGAUGAUGUUGUGUUUUCGGAGACUUCCCGCGCCGUUGCGUCUCAACGCAGCAAAUGUCCGCUGUCUGUUGUCCGCCCAGUGUGCGGGUGUGUGUCGGCUCGAGCCUGCGUCAUGGCGGCACAGACACACACCUGUCACCGACUGCGCGAGGUUAAAACAGUCUCCGGUUAGCGGCUCGUGGGUCUUCAGAGUCAAUGGGAUCCUGCAGCACGUGAAAGCGACACCCUGGUUCACGCAAGGAACCGUGCUCCUGCACCGGGGAGGUCACGAGAGGUCGGAGACCAGCUUCAAGUCUCUGCUGUCUCCUAAAGCUCGUGGGCUUUGCAGCGGGAAGACCAAGGAGUCACCGGACAGCUCCCCCGCAGCGGACCGGAAUGAAGCCAGUCCGGUACCGGGAGAGGGCCUCUUCAAGUUCAAAGAGCUGUAUGAGAACCCGUGGACAAUCCCCAACUUCUUGUGUGUGUGUCGGAUUCUGCUGGCUCCGUAUUUGGGUCAUCUGAUCAUCCAGCAGCACUUUCACCUCAGCCUCGCUCUCUUCACUCUGGCUGGGGCAACUGACCUGCUGGAUGGUUACAUCGCCAGAACGUGGCCAAGUCAAAAGUCAGCGUUGGGCAGCGCUCUCGACCCAUUGGCUGAUAAGAUUCUUAUCAGUAUUUUGUAUCUCAGUCUCACCUACGCUGAACUUAUACCAGCUCUGCUGACCGCUCUAGUGAUUUCCAGAGACAUUGGUUUGAUAGCUGCUGUCUUCUGGGUUAGAUACAAGACUGUACCUCCACCGGUGACCCUUAGCAAGUUUUUUAACCCCUGCUACACCACAGCACAGCUGAAGCCCACCCUCUUCAGCAAGGUGAACACGGCCAUCCAGCUCCUUCUGGUUGCAUCUUCCCUGGCUGCUCCAGUCUUUCAGUAUACAGACCACAUCCUGCUGCAGGGCUUAUGGUAUGUUACAGCAGUGACCACGGCGGCGUCGGGCUAUAGCUACUGGCACUACGGCCGCAAGACCGUCCAGGUGCUCAACACCAGAUCACAAUGACAACCGUACCCUGAAAUGUCCCCAGAGCAGAGCAAAAGUAGUGAACCGCCCCGUGAGGGACACUGAUCAGCCGUGGCAAAAGAUCGGACAGAUGGAUAAUCGCCAGGAGCUCUAAAAACCAAGUGGCUGUGACAGUCUUUUAUGAGUCGCCAUGGCAAUGACACACGGAAACCAACCGAGGCCGCAGAUGGUUUAACUGCAACACUACAGAAACUCCUAACGGCAACUCUGCCACUGGACUGGCUGAGGACUAGAGACACACACACACACACACAGAUAGAAACGGCAAACGCAAAUAUAGACCAUCCGCCCACAACACACACACAUAUAAACUCACAUACACAUACAUGUUAGGUACAGUAUAUGUUAAGUAAUCUGGCAAGAGCUUCUAUUUUUAUGCAGAUUUUCAAUCAAGAGGUUACACUGUCAACAAUGUUUGAGUAAAACCAAAUUUGCGUUGGCUUGUCUGUUUGUACGUGACUGCAAGGCUGGUUUUUCUUCAGUAAAGAAACACCAUGUUUAAUCUUUUGAGACACAAAUCUGACAGUUUAUCCAUUUUUAAAUCAGAGGAUUAAAAAAGCAAUGACAUGCUACCAGCGCACCCUGUUGGUCCUGAUCCAUUUGGUGGUCCUAAUCUUAAAACUACAGCUGCAAAUGAUUAUCCAUAUUCAGUAGAGCAGACACAAUUAUGCUCUCCAUGAAUUCAAGUAGAAGGAGUUUUUGCUAUGAGUCAUUUUGAGAAUCCUCUGAAGCAGUUUUUUUGUAAGAAAUGCCUAAAAUCUAAUUGUUUCCAGC